GAGAACUGCCCCACUGAGAGGUACACUGCCAGCGGGGAGUGCUGCAGAGCCUGCAACCUCGGAGAAGGGGUUGUCCAGCCCUGCGGCUUCAACCAAACCGUCUGUGAACCAUGCCUGGACAGCAUCAGCUACUCGGACACGGUGAGCGCCACGGAGCCCUGCAAGCCCUGCAAGGAGUGCGUGGGCCUGGAGAGCAUGUUGGCACCCUGCGUGGAGUCGGACAACACUGUCUGCAAGUGCAUCUACGGCUACUACCGGGACGAGGCGAGCAACGCGUGCCAAGAGUGCAAAAUCUGCGAAGUGGGCUAUGGCCUCGUGUACCCGUGUGGGGAAAAUCAGGACACCUGGUGUGAGAAAUGCCCUGGCGGGACUUACUCGGACGAUGCCAACCACGUGGACCCCUGUUUCCCCUGCACUGUGUGCGAGGAGGACGAGAUCACGGUCAAGGAGUGCACUGCCACAUCGGAUGCUCGGUGCAGAGCUCUUCAUCCACGAUGGACAACCACAGCCCCAAUGGAUUCCAAUGCCACUGACGCAGUCACUGAUAGUCUCUUUCCCAUCACGAAUGAUCCGGAUGCCUUGGAUGCCUUCGGGAGCACUGUGGCCGGAACAGCCACCACGAUCCUGGGCAGCUCCCAGCCUGUCAUCCGAAGUGGCACAACGGACAACCUCAUCCCCGUGUAUUGCUCCAUCUUGGCUGCUGUGAUUGUGGGGCUGGUGGCGUACAUCGCGUUCAAGAGGUGGAACAGCUGCAAGCAGAACAAGCAAGGUGCCAACAACCGCCCUGUCAACCAGACGCCUUCGCCGGAAGGAGAAAAGCUUCACAGUGACAGUGGCAUUUCAGUCGACAGCCAAAGCCUCCACGAUCAACAGCCACAGACCCAAACUGCAUCGGUGCAAGGCCUUAAAGGAGAUGGGAAUCUUUAUACCAGUCUGCCCCCCAUCAAGCGGGAGGAAGUCGAAAAGCUGCUGAAUGGCUCCACGGAGGAGACCUGGCGCCACUUGGCUGGGGAGCUGGGCUACAAGGAAGACCACAUAGACUCCUUCACCCAGGAGGAGUACCCAGUCCGCGCACUGCUUUCCGACUGGUCCAGCAAGGACAGCGCCACCAUGGAUGCCCUUUAUUCGGCCUUGCGUAAAAUCCAGAGGGGGGACAUUGUGGAAAGCCUCUACAGCGAAUCCACCGCUAGUUCACCAGUGUAA